AUGGUUUUCACGAAUUUUCUUUAGUUGAGAGAAAAUCGUCGCCUAGUCAACGUCGUCUUCUAAAUUCGAAAGCACCAAAAUAAUUUUUAAUAAUCUAGCCAAUCCGAACGAAUGCAGACUACAAUUAUACCUAUUUUGGGACUAAUCGAAAAUAUCAAGACUUAGGAGCAAAACGAAAAACCGAAUAUUCAGCGGACUGUGUGCCAAAUUUGCAACAAAGCAACAUCUUUAAAUUUAGCCAAACAGAAGCAGAGGCAGCAGUAGCAGCGGCAGUUUUUUUUAACAAAUUGUCCUAGUAUCUGUGGCGCAUUAGAGCGUAAAAUUUCAGAAUCUAUAGAUUCUGACAAAUUAAAAAUAUAUACCACCGCAGUAGUAGCAGCAGAUAUAUCGAAAACUUUUCAAGUCUCAUCCACGCAAAGGGAGGAACGUAAAUGGCUCAACCUCAGUUACUGCAAAUCAAGCUGUCGCGCUUCGACGCCCAGCCUUGGGGCUUUCGAUUGCAGGGUGGCGUUGAUUUUGCCACACCGCUGGUCGUGCAAAAGGUCAACGGCGGCAGCUUGGCGGAGAGCGCUGGUCUCAUCCCUGGAGAUGCUGUGCUAAAAAUCAACGAUGUGGAUGUUUAUAAUUUGCGCCACAAAGAAGCUCAGGACGUUGUUGUGCGCUCCGGAAACAACUUCGUUUUGACUGUCCAAAGGGGAGGCUCAACUUGGCGCCCACACAUUGCGCCAACAGGCAAUCUACCUCAGCCGCAGCAGAACUCCCCGUAUUUGCAAACAGUGACGAAAACUUCUCUAGCUCACAAACAGCAGGAAGGACAACAUAUUGGCUGUGGAUACAACAACGCUGCCCGUCCAUUCGCCAAUGGCGGCGAUGGCAGCGUCAAGAGUAUCGUCAAUAAACAAUACAACACCCCGGUCGGCAUUUAUAGCGAUGAAUCUAUAGCGGAAACCCUUUCAGCUCAGGCUGAAGUUCUGGCAGGCGGCGUUCUAGGUGUCAACUUUAAGAAAAACGAAAAGGAAUAUCAAGCUGACAAGUCGGAGGUUCUGAAGUUCCUACGUGAGGAAGAAACUGGACACUCGACUCCAGAACCACCAGCUCCGGCAAAUUUCUAUUGGACUCAAAGCCACGCCAUUGGCGGCAAUGAACGGCGUACUCCGCUAUCGCAUCAACACCAACAACAUUCACAGCAGGAGCAACCGCAGGAUGAACGCGUGGAAGCAAAGUCGCUUCAAAGCAACGCGGCCACAAAUGAACCGUCACGACCAGGCCAAGCGUCCAAAGAGGCAGCGACACCCGCUGAAUCCGUUGAUCCUCGAGUCAUCAUAAUGCCCGUAUGUCCAGCACUACAGGGACCGGAAUACAAAGCGGAAUUGGAAGCGGCAGCGGCUGCACUGCAGCACGAUGCUGGCCCGCGGCCCUUGUCCGCCAGCGGACAUCCGGCGUGUGCAUUGUGCGGCGUCGGCAUUGUUGGCGUGUUUGUGCGCAUCAAGGACAAGAAUCUGCAUGUGGAAUGCUUCAAGUGUGCCACUUGCGGCACCUCAUUGAAGAACCAGGGCUACUACAACUUCAAUAACAAGCUCUAUUGCGAUAUCCACGCCAAGCUUGCUGCUAUGCAGCAUCCACCAUCCGGCACCGAAGGAUAUGUGCCCGUGCCAAUUAAGCCGAACACCAAAUUGAGUGCCAACACCAUCUCGUCCGCAUUGAAUGCUCACGGCUUUAGCGACAUACCCUACUCUAAUGGCGGAAGUGCCAAGCCAUCUCCUGUUCCGGGAGCACAGCUUCACGAAUGGACCGAUGCAAAUAAAGAGGACAAUACUGACUUACCACUGCCACCGCCUCCCUCGCCCACCUUGCUGCAACAGCUAGAAAUCGAUAGCCAAUGCCGUGGCUAUAUUGACGAUAACACAACCGACACGAAGCAACAAUUACAACACACACGCACAAAUAGCAGCAGCCUCUCAACGCUUUCGAAUACUUCCAAUAGCCCGUCCAUGUCAUCGGAAGCACAUUCAAUUCACAAUCUAGCCAUUGUAGAGGGUAUAGAGGGAACGCCACCAACGUCAAUGGCAGGAUCCGCCGUUGCAGUGGAUGAAAAGUCCAGUGGUUACGCUUCUACUACGUCGUUGCAUUCUCGUCAAACCUCAUCGUCGUCUUCUUCAGUGUGUGGCAUUAGCAGAGACGCGGAUAUUAGUUCACUGUCGUCACCACCUCCGCCCCCACCGCUACCGCCGUCUCUACCAAUACAGAUGAUUCAACAGCCGCAUCGGCAACAAAAUGAAAAUGAUAUGAAUUCACAAAAUCAGUAUGGCAAUGGCGGUGGUUUAGCGGGGAGUGGUGUUGGUAGCAAAAAUUCACCGUCAGGUGGAGUUUACAGCAAAUUUUUGAAGGAGUAUUCCAACAAGUUGCUAACACACAGCAAUAACAAUAAAACACAAACAAAUCCGCUAUUUCUUGACAAUUCCCCAAACAACAGUUCCAAUAGUAAAAACUCAAACAAAACUAUCGUUACAAAUAACAGUCAGAAUCGCUUAAAUGACACCGCCCCACCAUACCAACCAACAACACAGAUAUCAGCGGUCGCUCAUCCACAAUCAAUUCAAAACUUAGACUCAACAAGCACAACCACAGCCGCAGUCGCAGUUACAUCCUCAGCCACAGCCACAGCAACAGCAAAGUCAAAAACCACACACCCUUCGGUUGUUGCUGCCAUAUCAACGACGCCCUCUAAUUUAUUAAAUUUUAAUCCAUGCCAGCAGGUUGCCAAAGCAGCAACAGCAUCGGCGGCGUCCCCACCAGCAGUUUCCCUACCGCCACCAACAACAACAGCAAUUAGUGCAAUAAUCAAUAACGCGACCUCUUUAGACACUGCCAACAGUAACAGCAGCAGCAACAGCAAGAGUAGCAAUCGCUGCGAAGGUGGACAGUUAAGUGAGUCGGAAAAUACCCACGACGCAGCCAAAGAGAUCACAUCAGCAAUGUUGGCAAAUCAAUCAUCGGCACUUGAUGACUCGCUGAACGACCAGCCAUUCGGUGAAUACGUUACCUUAACGGGCAGCGUCAUCCGUAGUGUCGUUCCGCCUGGUAAGGGUGUAAACAUCAACUAUAAGGUCAAUCAAGGAUACGCUAGGCCCUUCGGAGCUGCUUCUGGCCCACCAGCCGCUGCCCCCAAGUCGCCGGUUUCGUACGCGCCUCAGAGGCCAGCGGUCAACCCGUACGCCACAUUGCCGCGCACCAAUAUUGGCCAACAAGAUAAUGAAGAAAGCUUGCAAUUGCAAUAUGCGGAAGAGUGUAGGACUUCAGCUCCAAUCGGAGCGGAAUUCUUUGAAGAGGACCACGAGUUGGUAGAUGCCAAUCGGCAGAAUCGUAAUAACUUCUCUUGGCCACCACGAAAGGAAGAUAGUCCCAUUUUACCGACAGCGGCACCACUUUAUAUUGCCCCGCCAGAGACGCAACAUGUGGUGGUGAAGCCAUUGAAGUCGUGCCAACCACAAUCUGAGGAUGAAUUGACUAAAGAGCAAACGCGACCACAACCUAACGGCCAGCAGCAGCAGGGGCAGCAGUACCUUCAGCCAAACUGGCAAAGUAAGUCGGCACCUCAGUUAACAAUUGGAUUACAGCCGCCUGAAAUUGAGUCUAGUUCAGAAAGUUUUACCUCGACUUCCACAACAACGACGACUACUUCCGAAGAAUAUCAGCGCAUGUAUGCCGCCCAGGUACAAGCUUACCAAUCGCAGCAAAUGUAUGAGCAGCAAUCAGGAUCCGAGUUAGACUACCAUAUGGAUAUGGAGGUUGCCACAAUGCAACAAAACUUACAAGACUCGUCUUGUAUAAGCUCUUCUGAGUAUAUUUCUGGACGCCGUAGUGCUCAGGAAUGCGUUGAAUCUUUGGUUGCUCCAUUGAAUACGUACAAACUCAUUGAUAUGGUGCGAGAAGUAACUCCUAGUCCAGUUCCUCCACCAAGUAACCAGGGUCCUAGACAUGUAGUGUUUGUCGACGAACCAAUGACGAAGGAAAUUUCAGUAGAAGAUAUGGGAGAAAUUUUGCGAUAUGAAAAUUAUUCUAACACCAACUCGGCUUUGCAAAGCGACACCAAUAAUAUAGAAACUGAACAACUCACGAAUCAUAACAUAAGCAGUCAGAAAAGUACAAAUGAAAGCGAAACUUUUGUAAAGACGCAACGUGGUGAAAUUUUCGAGAAUCAGCGAAUUUUCCAGCCCACUCCUGAAAUUAAAAUUGAAAUCGCUCCAGUUCGGCAAAUACCACCAUCAAAAAUUCCAAACCCAGUGCCUAAGGAAUGGAUUAAUCCCAUGGUUAAAGUGUUGACCACAGCACCAGAUGUUCCGUUUCACUUAGUGGAAUGUCCAUGCCCUAAACCUUGCGAAGGCGAGUUCGUAUCCGUGGAACCAGAGAGAAAAACCGCAGAAGUUGCAGAGACUUUAGAUAUUAAAAAUAGCGAAAUUAUAGAAAUCAAACCCAUUGAAGAAGCUCCUCCUAAAGGAUCACGGCUCGCAAGUGCUAUGACCACAGCACCAGAGUGGGAAGUAGUUUUUCAGCCACCUCCUUCAGAAAUGAUUCCCCUUCCUGAAGAGACUGCGCCAUAUAUGCCGCCGCCAAUCGAUAUGAAACCAUACAUGCGUGAGGACUAUCGACCCAAAUCGCCAUUUGUAAGCGCGCUAACUACAGCACCCGAACGCCCGUUUGAGGGUCAUUUUGAUAGGGAUGUUCCCAUCCAUUUGAUUGACCUUCCUACACCCAAAGAGCAUCUAACUUUCUCUGAUGCUUUGUGUACCGCAUCCGAAAGGGCAUAUACGCCGCUCAAUCCAGAAAAUGCCACACUUAUAUUUGAGAGACAAGAAAUGGAGAGGGAGAAAAAGAAACACGAAUUUCAAGUUCUUGAUCGAGAGAAGGAACUAGGUAUCACCGCUCUUAACAGUGAGUCGAUCCAAUAUUACACGACGGCGAAGCGCGAAAACUCGCAGCAACGUAAAUCAUCCGCAUUUGCGGCAAUGCAAGCAUUCCAACCAACCCAAGAGCCACUAACUUCCAAUACUCCACGACAAUCCAUUACCUCCUUUUCCAAAGAAGAAUUUGAUCCCGAUUAUGAAAGAUAUAAUAAAGCUAAAGAGCGUAAUAAAAAACGUAUUGAUUACUACCACAAAAAAGAAGAAGAACUUCAACAACAACAAGUUGAAGAAAUGAAGAGACAGGAAACAUCAGAGACUAACACACGUCAAAUGUCCUCAUUAAGUUCCUUUACCAAACAAAGUUCUUCCUCUGAAUCCUCUUCCGCAGUCCAAACAAAGUCAAACACCACUUCUACCAGCACAUACGCCUCCAACUUAACUCAAGCUUCAAAGUCAUCGUACCAAACCAAGGCCUGUAUCGCCAUCAAUGACACAAAGAUUGAUUUGCAUGACGUUAUUGAAGAAACAAGUGAAGAGCUUGAACACUCUGAAGUGCUGUUUCCGCCACCAUCACCGCUUAGCCAUCUGCAUGGUAAAUCCGCUUCUUCCGGUUUACACAAAGCUGAUACGAUACCAAAAUAUCAACGCAAUUGGACCAUUCUGCCCACACAAAGCCCCGUCCGUACUCCAGAACCACAAGAGCUUCGUGAAAAUGUUCCACUUGCUUUUGUAGACGCUCCUGUUGCUAGUUCCAAAAGCAGCUUGGUCCAUAAACCCGUGGCACAAAUUAGCGAUUCUGCAUCUAUAUCCCACCAGCAACAACAGCAACAGGUGACAAAUGUAUGUGCCUCGCGUGGAUCGGUUACAAGUACGACAAAUAUUUUAAGUGAAACAAAGAAGCAGCAACAAUCAUCAGCGACUCAGCAGCAGUCGAGAAUAGAAUCGCAAACCAAGAAACCUGUCGUGCCCAUUAUAAUCGAAGAAAGAGUUGCACCCCAAAUAACAAUGGCUUUUCAAUCCUUAGAUGAACACUUACAAACAGACGAAUCACAAACACCAAGCCGACCUUACACGCCAUCACUGAGCAAUAAACCAGUCCCAGUAGUUCCUUUCUAUCAAACGCCGGAAGCACUCUGUUUUGACGAGUGUCCAGCAACACACGCUCGCACUUACGAUCGGCGCUCAGCUUCACCAUACCCGGACCGUGCACGAUCCCCUGCUCCGGGUCCACCACCAAACCCGUUAGCGGCUAUCCGUUCACCACGAGCGAAAGAUAAUGAGUUGUCUUCUUUGUCUCCACGUGUACUUCAAGCUGGUUCUAUUACUACCGGACAAAGCUACUUAGGGGCUCAACAGCAACAGCAGCAGCAAACUCAGAUUCUAUCGCACUAUGAACAUGCAAGCAAAACAGGGAGUGAAAGUUACACUGUGAAGCCUGAAACAGUUGAGGAACAGCAAAUUGGUGAUUACACGGUACAACGUCGUGAGAAAGAGAGCCACAAGGCCGAUCAAAAGCAAUCGAGCUUGGAAAGCCAAACAAAAAUGAAAGUUGGCGACACCCAGAUUGAAAGGAGGCGUCGAGUAACAGAAGAAUAUGAGCAUACACAAAGUGCCCGUUCUGUAGAGAUCCGUACAGGUUCAAAAACCACCACUGUCACGCCAGCCAUCUCGGCUACUGAGCGCCGUCAGUCGUACGGCAAAACCGGUUACGUUGCUAACCAAGCGCGUCGCUUAUCGGGCUUAGAGCAGGAGAUUACCAAUCUGACCAGUCAAUCACAAGCAAUUAGCGCACGCGCCGCCACUCUAACAGACACAUCAUUUCCGCAAAUAAGUUCGCCGGAGCCGGUGUCGAAAUUUCCGACUAAAGCAUUGCUACCUCCUCACGAUGAACCUAAGCGCCCCGACUAUCUAUUUUCUGCGACCCCUUAUAACAAAAUGGUUGGUCCGCCACCAGGAUUCAAUAAACCAGAACAGAAGCAACAACAGUUGUCUACCAUUCAAGUGUCAACUGCAUGUGGAGCAUCUAUGGUUUCGCAACAACAGAAAUCAUUAAGUACAUAUUCAAGCAGCAACUUCACUACUUCCACAAGCACAGCAUCAUCAUUAUCAUCGCAAGCUAAUGCCGCUAACGUUAGCAGUCUAACCAAGGCUUCUAUUACUAAUAAUAAACUAGCUGGCGCGGCAAGUGCCACGACCAGCGGCGCCAGUGCCAUUUGCCCCGUAACGGGCACAUUCUGUCGUCCCGGUCACACUUGCUGCCGACAGCAACAGUUGCAAGCGCAAACUCCUGCAACUGACGUAGUUAAGUAUAAUGACAAUAAUAAUGUAACAUAUCGGCCGAACGCUUUCACAGGUAUAACGGAUAUUAAGCCUAAUGCACAAGCUACCGCUAUUGCUGCUGACACAGCGUCAACGCAAGCGCCGCCUGCUGCUCCCGCUACUUCUGCCGCUGCGCCUACAUCUUUUCCGCCACCCAAUACCAUUGGUAACAACAAGUCUAACGCUGGUCUCGGUGGUUCCACAGGUGUAGGGGGCAAAGGUGCGUUUGGCGCCACCUCGGCUCCAAAGCGCGGACGCGGAAUCUUCAACAAGGCUGUCGGACCCGGUGUUCGCGUGCCCUUGUGCAACAGCUGCAACAUCCAGAUCAGGGGUCCCUUCAUUACGGCAUUGGGACGCAUCUGGUGUCCAGAGCACUUCAUUUGCGUCAACGCCAACUGCCGUCGCGCAUUGCAGGACAUCGGUUUCGUCGAGGAGAAAGGUGAUCUCUACUGCGAGUACUGCUUCGAGAAAUACUUGGCUCCGACAUGCAGCAAAUGCGGCGGCAAAAUAAAGGGUGACUGUUUGAACGCCAUUGGCAAGCAAUUCCACCCAGAAUGUUUCACUUGCGGCCAUUGUGGUAAACUCUUCGGCAACACCCCGUUCUUCUUGGAGGACGGCAACGCCUAUUGCGAGGCCGAUUGGAAUGAACUUUUCACAACCAAAUGCUUCGCUUGCGGAUUCCCAGUUGAAGCCGGUGAUAGAUGGGUUGAAGCUCUGAACCACAAUUAUCAUAGCCAAUGUUUCAAUUGCACAUACUGCAAGCAAAACUUGGAAGGACAAAGCUUUUACAACAAAGGUGGGCGCCCCUUCUGCAAAAAUCACGCGCGCUAAAUCAAAAUCACAUUUGCUGCACAUCUGGGAUCGCGCAUAUUACAAUACCUACAUUAAAUAAAGAAAACAAAAACGUUAAAAAUAAUAACUACUCAAAAAUGUACUUAUAAAUUAUAUUAAUUAAAAACUAAAUAUAAACAUCUACGCUAAAAUCCUCGAAAAAUAACGAAACCACAUCAAAUGAAGCUUCGCCUCAAUCUCAGCCACAGUAUCGGAACUGUUCUCUCAUAUUUUACAAAGUUUAGUUUAUGAAUCUGUUUUUAAAUCCCGAUUAGAAAUAAUAUUGUAAAUGUAAAAUUAUAACUGUAAGUAACUAAACAAGUCCCGGCGGCACGUAUGCACUAAACACGUUAGAUAUGUACGUAUGUGUAUGUGUGCAUACGUAUGAGUACAUCAAAUAGCACAAAUGCACACAUAGAACAAUUUGCAUGUGUAUGCCAAUGCGCCGGAUUGAUUAACGGUUUGCAGGCGCUCUCCAACAAGCGCCCGCAUGGCUUUGUGUGUUGAAUAGCUCGCCGAAAUGUGAAAAUGUAUCCUAUUGAGAAAUGUCAUUAUCGAUUUUUAUUAAUUGUAUUGUAAUAUGAGAGCAAAUCUCUAAAUUGUAACCCCUCUUAUCAAAGUGAAUUGUAACUGUUUUGAACUUAUUGUAAUAUAUUUUAGUUUAAUGUCUCUGAUGAAGAAGCAACCCCAAAUUAAUAUUUUUACUCAUCAGCGAAAAACAAAAAUGUUUCUAAAGCCAAUUGUAAUGAUGCCAACAAAUAAACCGCAAUUUUUUCCGAGUUCAAUAA